GCCCUUCGCUCGACCAACGUUAUGGACUCUCAUUCAUGCAACGUUAGAGCAUCAACCUCGACAUGCGCACGCUUGCUUUUAUCACCGUGUUUGCAUGCUUAGUUUUCAAGGUUACGGCCCAGUCCUCUGCUUGGGGUCAAUGCGGCGGAAUUGGAUGGUCCGGCGCCACGACAUGUGUUUCUGGGUACACAUGUACUAAGUUGAACGACUACUACUCUCAAUGCGUUCCUGGGGCUGCACCACCGGCCACGACAGUCACUUCUGCUACUCCACCACCCCCUUCCUCUACACCCACAUCUUCCCCGACCACCCCUACGCCUCCGACAACUACCACUACACCUCCGACAACCACUGUGACUGGUCCAGCACCCACAGGCUCUCAAAUUCGAGCUGUGCAAGAUCCUGUUUUCCAUCUUUAUCUUCAAAACAAAGGCGGUAAGCCUAUGCUGGGACCUGAAGCGUCCUCCGGCUACUUCACGAUCAGCGGGACUAUCUCGCUCAACAACGCUGACGGUUCCAAACUGUAUCUGAACGCGGAUGAGAGUGUCACAACUUCAUACAAACCGUUGACACUUGAUGCCACCUCCAAAACGACGGAUUGGGGUCUCGAAGGGGACACGAUCAUCACCACCUCUCCCCGACAGCUCAACUUUUUGGCUUGCUCUUCAAGUACUUCUGGAUUUUACGACGUGUAUUUGCAGGAGGGAAAUGAUGCGCCUUCUGGAACAUCUUGCACGUUGAUUACACUACAUCUACCUUGUCUGUGUUAGCGAGUCUGAGGCAAAUAUCUGCAGGUCCGCAUCUCGUUCGCUAAUAUCUGACAUAGUGUACAUCGCUACAACAGAUAAAAAACUUGGAUUCCAAAAAGAAAAAAAAAAAAUCUGCAUGAUUAUG